CCCCCUUUUUAGAUUGCAGUGUAUAUACGGCAAUAAACGACAAAAUAAAACCACAAUCCGAACAUAAAAGGAUGAUUGUUAACCGUAAAAUAGUAAGUUUUAUAUUUUGUCAGGAAACUAUAAUGCUGCGAACAUUCAGCCAGUGGUUGUGAAAAGUAUCAAAGUGUUACCUUCAUUCAGGAAUGUUGCGUGUUUAAGGUGAUUCGCAGAUAUUGCCAAUAACUAAAAUAGCAGAUUUAUCUUGAACCCGCUAAAUGCCUUCCUGCUGACAUCGUCUAAAUGAAUGCGACGUAAUUUCUGUCAGAAACCAAGUAGUCAUUGGAUUAUUCGUAUACCACAGUAAUAUCUACAUACUUGAACAUCGCAUUCUCGCCCAGCUAUCGACCGUAGAAAAAACGAGGAAUGGACAAAAUAUUGCGGAGCAAAGUGAAGGGAGCAAUUGGAAUAUUGGCAUUAAGCGAAAACACACCAUGUAUCUUGAAAUCGCCCGUUCAGUCCAUUAAUACAAUCCUGAGGCUAAUCACGUGCUUACUGGUGGUAAUAGCUUGCGUGAGCACUGUCAAUGGAAGCGUAAAUCUUCAGACCAUGCUCAAGUGUGUUCCUCGGGAGUAUUCGUUUAGAGCGUCCAAACCUUACCGUCUGAAUGGCCAAAUCCUACCGUGUUUUGAUUUGGUCACAGUGCAUUCCUGCUGGGGCAGGUGUGAUUCGUACGAGUACGGGGAUUACAAACUGCCGUUCAAAGUCAGUCACCAUCCAGUAUGCACCUACACCGUGCAGGCGGAACGUCGAGUGCGCCUGCGCAACUGUCACCCUGACCAUCCGGAUCCGUUCUAUGACGUCUUUGAUGCCACUGAAUGCGGUUGUAGCAUGUGCAAUCCUGAAAACACAAGCUGCGAAAACCUGAACGGAUAGGAUUGACCUCUUCUCUAUCGUCGUUAUACAACGGUUUAAAAAAUGAGUGGGAAAUUGACUUUUGUUGUUACAUUACGUUUAUAAGUGGAUAGCUGUCUGAUGUAACGAACGUUUGAAAAAAAAAUUCAUAGAGUUGAGCAUAAGUUAGAAACUAGAGAUAGCAUUCACAUCGUUGUUUUGACGACGCGUGUCAUUUAUUCUGUAUCUUGUUGGAAUGAUUGUGUUGAGUACGAUGUGUUUACAAUAAAUACAUUAGUAUUC